CGUUGUCACAAACCUGUGAUCUCCGGAAAAUUGGCGAAUAUUUUCCAACAGAAUUCCAUUGGUGCGUCGUGGCAGUGGAAAAGUGAAACAACAACAACAACGCAUAGCAAGACUAGCAGAGGCAAACAGACUUGAGACGACGACAUGCUUCGCGUCGAGGUGUUCGACCCCGAGAUUGGGGGCUAUUUCCCGGCAACCAUCACAAAGUGGAGCAAGGACGAUGCCACCAUCGUCUUCGACAACAACUGGCGCCAGCCCCAGUCAGUGCCCCUGGCACAUGUCCGCACAACGCCGCCCCAUGAGGACCUCAAGGCUGUCCCAGGCCAGAAAGUCGACGUGCUGUACUAUGUCGACGCCAACAUCCCGCCGUGCUGGGCGCGUGCCAGCAUCGUUGAAGUCCGUGGCGACGGCCCCAGCAUGCUGCUGCUGGUGACGUACGCUGGCUUUGAUGAGAGCUUCAACGAGUGGGUGGAGCCCGGCCGUGUUCGCAUGGCAAACGACAACACGGCGUUCAACCCGGAGACGCUCGCCCGCCACGACGUCGCCCUUGCGCCAACGCUCGUACAGGCCGCGAGCGACGAGGCGAUCAAGGAGGAUCUGCGGGCACUGUGCGGCCUGGUGGCGGUGCAGGUCGAAACCCCGCCCGGCGCCCAGCCAAUCUGGGUCCUCGUCGGCAACCGGGAGGCGAUCAACAAAUCACAGCUGGUCAUGAACGACUUCCUUCGCCGCCUUCAAAUCCACGCCGACAAGCAGCGGUUCCUCGAGUCCAUCGCCCAGCGCCAGCAGGAGUCGCUGAACAUGCUGACACACACAUUCGACAUUCCCCGCGAAUUUGUUUCGCUCGCCAUUGGCCCGAAGGGCAGCUACGUGAGCCACGUGGAGUCGCACCCCGAGGUUGACCGGGUGGUGAUUAACCGCGACCCUGCGGGCUCAUCGGCGUCGGUGAUGGUGCGUGCCAAGACAAAGGAGGGCCUCGACUACGCCACCGCCGCCAUGACCAUUGUCAAGCGCGUCUUCCCGCUCGACGAGCAAGACAUUGGCCCGUUUAUUGGGAAGAACGGCGCGACGAUCCAGCGGCUGAUUGACCAGUCGGGCGUCCUGCGCAUCCGCAUCAGGGACGGCGAGGGCGCCGAGAUGAUCGGCUCACAGGAGAGCGUUGACCGGGCGUUUGUGCUUGCGGAGUCUGCGCUGAAGCUUGCGCGCGACCGCCUGCAGUCCAUCCAGGAGAUUGACACGCGCAUGCGCGAGGUCUCCUUUGACGCGCGCCAGUUUGACGAGGAGCUGCCCUCGUUCAUGCCACGCGGCUUUGGACGGGGCCGCGGCUACCCUUACGGGCGCGGGCGCGGGUACGGCCCUGGUGGUCCAGGUGGCCCCGGUGGCCCCGGUGGUCGGCCGAUGGGGCGGGGCCGUGGGCGUGGUCGCGGUCGGGGCCGUGGCGGUCCUGCUGGCGAUGAGGCGCCGCAGGGCAGACCCGUGGACGCAUACGACGCGCAACAACAACCACAGCAGCAACAGCAGCAGCAGGGCCCGAAGAAGCACAUCACGCUGUCGUCGAAGGAGGAUCGCGUGGAGGACGUUGCUGUCGACCAACAGCAGCAGCAGCAGCAGGGUGGUGAGGGCAGCAAGAAGACCCGCAAACAGCGCAAGCAGAAGCCGAAGCAGCAGGAGAAGCAGGCGGCAGAGGGUCAGCAGCCAGCAACAGCACAAGCAACAACAACAGCACCAGCAGCAGCAGAUGAGGCCGGCGAGGCGCCACUGCCCGGGCAGAAGAAGAAGGGCAAGAGCCGCCGCAACCGCAAGUCCCGCGGCAAGGAAGACGACAACAACGAUGACACCGGCAGCACGGCUGCGCCUGCCCCGACGGGCCCACGGCGGCAAAUUGUGAUGUCGAGCAGCGGCGUUGUUGAGACGGUUGCGCCGCCAGACCCCGUGAAGGCGGCGGCCGAUGCUGGUGAGGGCGACGAGGACGCGCUGCCGGGCCAGCGCGGCAAGAAGGGCAAGAAGGGUCGCAAGAACAAGGGCAAGAAGGGCCAGGGCGCAGAUGCAGGCCAGAAGGGCAAGCCCCGCCGGGAGCGUCGUGAGCGGCGGCAGCGGCGGUACGACAAGACGCGCAUCUACGUGUACGACCCGACCCGCGGCCAGGACACCACUGUCGCUGUCGCCAUCCCAAGCGACUUCAAGACAGCUGCGCCAGCCCCCGCCACAACGACGGACACCGCCACUGCCACGGCUGCGCCUGCUGCGGACAGGGCGGACACCGCCCCCGCCCCCGCCCCCGCCACAACUGAUGCCACACCCGAGGCGUCGACAUCUGCUGUUGCGGUUGAGGGCGGUGCUGGGGACGACAGCACCGCUGUUGCUGUCAGCACGCCCGGCAGCAGCGCCGCGGCCAAGGAGGAGGAGUCCACAGCCUGAGGCCUGCGCGACCAACCUCACCUCGUCUCGUGCUCGUGCUCGCUCGUUUGCCGCUCGUGCGAUCCUGCGACGCUUGCUUGGCUGAAGGAUUGGCGGCUACGGCAUGGCAGAUGGUGCACAUGUGUUUGCAUGUGUUGCUGCUUCUUGCUGUGUUACUGCUGCUAUUCGCCGCUUGUGUCGUGUUGCCGCGUGUCCUGUGUCGCUGUGCAGUGCAUUUAAAGUUGGGAAGUGGUGGUUGGUGAUGUGAUGAUCUUUGCUUUGCGUUGAAUGUGUAUGCAUGUUUGUGCGUGGCAAGUGCAAGUUUGUGUUCAUCGCACCCACAUGCACAUGUGUCGCUUCAUCGCCAAUUGGUGUAGUCUCGCUGACCUGCCUUCUUCUCUCUGCGUUGCUCGUGUGCAUGACACGCGUGAUUGCUUCUGUUGUUAUGUGUUCAUGCUUGGAACGUAGCAUGUGUAUCUCUGUGUUUGUCCAGUUGCCUUUGAUCGCCCACGCGUUUGUUUGUGUUUCUGUUGCCAUUGCUCGUGACCUCACAUCAUCCCCGCGUCUCGCCACCAGCGGCACGACGGCAGCGUUACCCCCAUUUCUUGUCUGCCCGUCGCUCUGCUGGGUGCUGUCGACCUGCUUGUGUGCAUGCCCUCUUGCGCGCUGAUUCGUGCAUCGUUUGCUGGGUGUGCACAUGUCGUAGCGAACGCCUGUGAUGAAAUACUACAGUGAUUGUGCCCAAA